AUGUUCAUCGAAAUCGAACACGGCACAGGACGUGUGAUGAACCGAGGGGCGUGUGAACUGUCAUUUCCGGUUUCGGUAGCUUUCGUGUUGCCUGCAAUCGCCGGCGUGCUCUGCUACGGUUGUAGCAAAGCCACCGCCGAAAUCGACACCCACUUGGCGGUCAUCGCCGAUUUUACACUGGCCUUAGAGCCGGCAACUGAAUACGGCACACGCACAGGAAAUGGCCUUCGCGAAACUUGCGAGGACGUCAUGCUAUUAGCGAAGAAAACUUUCUCUGAGGCACGCUACCAAGUCACUCACAUUUUUGGUGUCAUUGUACUUCGAUUGUGCUUAGACGGCAAGGCCAUGGGUGUUGCCCAAUCGGAUUCGCAGAACUCCGAUGUGUUCAGUAAGUGGCUGCCACGAGGACAUAUCGUGCUAACGGGCGACAAUCACAGCCUCUCGUCGUUCUUGAUCACUGAUUUUCAGGCGAACCUGAGGUUCAAUGUGGAUCCGAUUCUAUUACCGUAGGA